CGCAAGUACGGGAAGGGGCUGCAGCACUACCUGCUCACCUUGUCCUCCAUCGCCUCCCGGCUCUACGCCCAUGCCAGCCUGGAGAACCACGUCCGGCUGGCCGUGGUGAAGGUGGUGGCCCUGAGCGAGAAGGAGAAGGGGCUGGAGGUCAACAGGAACGCCGCCACCACCCUCAAGAACUUCUGCAAGUGGCAGCACCAGCACAACCGCCUUGACGACGACCACGAUGAGCACUACGAUGCCGCCAUCCUCUUCACCCGUGAGGAUUUAUGUGGGCAUCAUUCAUGUGAUACUCUGGGAAUGGCAGACGUUGGGACCAUAUGCUCUCCUGAGCGCAGCUGUGCAGUGAUUGAAGAUGAUGGCCUCCAUGCAGCUUUUACAGUGGCUCACGAAAUUGGGCACUUGCUUGGGCUUUCCCACGAUGACUCCAAAUUUUGUGAGGAGAACUUUGGCUCCAUGGAAGAUAAGCGCCUAAUGUCCUCCAUUUUGACUAGCAUCGAUGCUUCAAAGCCCUGGUCCAAAUGCACUUCGGCUACUAUAACUGAAUUUUUCGAUGACGGUCAUGGUAACUGUUUGCUGGACCAACCGAGAAAGCAGAUCCUGGGCCCCGAGGAGCUCCCGGGACAAACCUAUGAUGCCAUCCGUCAGUGCAAACUGGCGUUUGGGUCGGAAUACACGGUGUGUCCCGGCAUGGAUGUGUGCUCUCGCCUCUGGUGUGCGGUUGUGCGCCAAGGUCAGAUGGUGUGUCUGACGAAGAAGCUGCCUGCUGUGGAGGGAACACCAUGUGGAAAAGGGAGGAUCUGCCUCCAGGGGAAAUGCGUUGACAAAACCAAGAAGAAAUACUACUCAGCUUCAAGCCAUGGCAACUGGGGGGCCUGGGGACCUUGGGGACAGUGCUCCCGUACUUGUGGCGGAGGAGUUCAGUUUGCUUAUCGUCACUGCAAUAACCCGGCUCCUAGGAACAACGGCCGGUACUGCACCGGCAAGAGGGCCAUCUACCGCUCCUGCAACGUCGCACCCUGCCCAGCAAAUGCCAAAUCUUUUCGACAAGAGCAGUGUGAAGCAAGGAAUGGCUAUCAGUCUGAUGCAAAGGGUGUCAAGACAUUUGUCGAAUGGGUCCCCAAGUAUGCUGGAGUACUUCCCGGAGACGUUUGCAAGCUCACCUGCCGAGCCAAAGGAACUGGCUACUAUGUAGUAUUUUCUCAGAAGGUAACUGAUGGUACCGAGUGUCGACCGUACAGUAAUUCAGUCUGUGUCCGGGGAAAAUGCAUCCGAACUGGUUGCGAUGGCAUCAUCGGUUCAAAGCUCCAGUUUGACAAAUGCGGGGUGUGUGGAGGAGACAAUUCCAGCUGCACAAAAGUCAUGGGAACCUUUACCAAAAAGAGCAAGGGCUACACAGAUGUAGUGAAAAUCCCGGAAGGGGCAACCCACAUCAAAGUUCGGCAGUUCAAGACUAAGGACCAGAGCAGGUUCACCGCCUACCUGGCCCUGAAAAAGAAAAACGGUGAGUACCUUGUCAAUGGAAAAUACAUGAUCUCCACUUCAGAAACAAUCAUUGACAUCAACGGGACUGUCAUGAACUACAGCGGCUGGAGUCACAAAGAUGAUUUCUUGCACGCCAUGGGACACUCUGCCACAAAAGAGGUUCUUAUUGUGCAGAUACUUGCGACUGAUCCAACUCAACCAGUGGAUGUCCGCUAUAGUUUCUUCGUGCCGAAAAAGCAAGGGCAAAUGACUAACUCCGUCACCAGCAGUGGCAGCGGCGGCAGCAAAAUAACUCCACAGCUCACGCAACCCCGCUGGGUUACGGGGCCGUGGCUUUCUUGUUCUCGAACAUGCGACACAGGAUGGCACACCAGGACUGUCCAGUGCAAAGACGGGCAUGGAAAAUUGGCUAAGGGAUGUCUUCUCUCUCAGAGACCGUCAGCAUUUAAACAGUGCUUGUUGAAAAAGUGUUAA